CGAGCUCGACCUGCCUCGAUAGGACUUCUGCACGACUCAACCUUGUGUACAGAUGCAGAGGAAAGUUGUUUUGUUUACUCGGAAGUUGACUGCAAAAGUGGCCUCCGAUGUUUCUACUUUGCAGGUGAUAUCGUCAGGAGCUGACUUCACAUUUCUCGUUGUUGACAGUGAGAGAGCUUGGAAUUUUAAGUCAAUCCGGGUUCGUUUAGACAAACAAAUGUGAAUGACCUUGAAAAUGAAUCUGAUAAAUUUCGUCUCAACUUUGGACGUGGCCAUCCAAACGAACUACGAACCAAGACCAUGGCUGGGAAUAAACAUGGUGAAAAGGACAAUGAAGACGAAAACCCUACCGUAAUGAUGGUAGCUCUAGAAAAGGAAACCGACAAAGCUACAGCAUCGAAAAAACUGGAGAAAAUACGGAUACGGCUCCGCGAUUUGCAGACACCAGCAAUUUGUACAGGUCUCGAUUUACAAAGCAUUAUUGUUUCGAGACAUGCUAGCAGCGAUGCAGAACGUACGCAGUUAGAAAUUUUCGACAACGCUACUAAGAAAUUUGUUGAAGUACAGCCUCAUGCAAAAGAGAACAUAGUGGAACGGUUUGGCUCUCGGGUUGUACAAAUGCGAAUCAGCAGUCCAGAGAGUUGCCGCAAUGCCUGCAAUACGGACACGCCAUUGCUGGCACUGACGGGGCGCUUCUACAAUUGGAGCGACGACGGUCUCUUUUCCCUCGGUGGCUCCCGGAACCUCUAUAUUCGGCAGGAAUCAUCCCGGCAAUGCGACGGGACUGGCGUUACCGUGUGGGACGGAGCGCUUCUCUUGGCUCGUUAUUUGGAACAGCGGCCCUUCCUCGUCCAGAAUAAACAUGUUGUCGAAUUGGGAGCAGGAUGCGGUUUAGUGGGGUUGUCAGCGGGCGCGUUGGGGGCGGCAUCAAUAAUGCUGACGGAUCUCGCGUACGUCUUGCCAAUCCUCGAGUCGAAUCUCGAAAACAAUCGAUCGGUGCUACAGGGAGCUGGUUGCCAUGAUGCCAUGUGCUGCCUUCUGGACUGGUUUCACCCGGAAGCGUUUAAGAAAGCGCAACAGAAGAAAUCUAUCGAUGUUUUGGUCGUCGCAGAUUGCGUGUGGAUGCACGAUCUGGUGGAACCAUUGUUUACUACCAUACAGCAAAUUGCGGAUGCGAACACUCUCAUUCUAAUAUCGUAUCAGCAACGAGGAAGGAGUACUCACGAAGCCUUUAUGUAUUACCUAAGCAAAGCUUUUCAUGUUGAAGAGAUUUUAGGCUCAGAUGUCGGCGUGGAGAAGCCUGGCGUGCUGCAUCUCUACCGCUGUCGGAAACGACGCAAUUUUUAA